AUGGCGAGCAGAGGAUUUGAAUUCCCCGUAUCAGUCACUGGGGCUGAUGCACCUACGCCACUCCCCGGCGUAACUGCGACUUACGCCCCUGGUACCCCCUUCAUCGCCAAUGCGGUUUACGCGCCUACGCUUUUCUCUGGUGCCACUGCGGGUUACGCGCCUGCACCAUCCUUCCCCGGCAUUGCGACUUACGCGCCUGCGCCUCUUUUCGUCGGCACUACGGCGUACCCGCCUACGGCUCUCUUCGACGUCCCUACGGUUUGUCCACCUACGCCAUUCUUUGCAAUCCCUUCGCAAUCUUCUGCGCUGGAUGUGGAUUUGUCUUUCCGCACUCCGGGCAUAGCAUUUACUCCACCCACGCCUUCCAACACUCAGGUGGGAAAUCCGCCCACUUCCUCAGCAACUCAAUCCUCCUCUGCAUCUCAACCAUCAAAUGCGUUUUGCACUGUUGCUUCGUGUUCAUCAACCACCACUGCACCUACAAUUACAAUUCCUUUAUCUGGUGAAGGAACUGCGCUAGCACAGACCACUACAUCUGCGGCUGCAACCGUACGAUCAUCUGGGAUAUCAUUUUCAUCAGGACCAACUUCCACUACCAAUUCCGCUGCAUAUCCCCGUUUUACCUUAUCGUCUUCAGAGACAUCUGCAACAACAACUGCAUCUUCAGUAACUGCUAACACUCGAGAGUGCGAUAGGCCCAUGGAAGACAUAUAUGCUGCUAUGGUAGAGAUGGAUCAACUUUAUGGGAGAUUAGCAAGGGCAGAGUUUGUGAGAGGUGUGGCCCUAAUUGAGAGAGACCAAGCUCAAGCAGAACGGAAUAGUCUGCAGAUCCAACCUGAUCAGGCCCGAGAGAGGGAGACACAAAUGCAGAUAAAGAUAGAUGCACUCAAAGCAGAGCAAGAUCGUGUGCUAGGAGAGUUCGAGACACUUCAUCAGAUAGAGAUGCAACAACUAUUUGCUAAGAUAGAUGCACUCAAAGAAGAGCAAGAUCUUAUGCAACAACUAUGUGCUAAGAUAGAUGGACUCAAAACAGAGCAAGAUCGUUUUCGAGGAGAGCUCGAAGAACUUCGUCAGAUGAGAAUAUCAGAUAUACAAGUACCGCAGAGGAUGGAUGCAUUGACAAUGGAGAAUGGUAGCGUGAGAGGCACAAGGGAGAGCAGAAGGGCAUCCAUAGGGAUUCGUUUUGUUAUAGCCUCCAAAUCCUAG